UUGUGGUUUCUUAAGACAUGCAUGGAUUCUUCAUUAUAUUUAAUUAAAGAGAUGAAUUUUGACGACAUGCAUGGUUUUCUUCAAUGUGUUUAUUUCAGAGAAUGAAUAGAAGUAUUGUUUUCCUCACAGCAAUUAACAAAUGUGUUCCAAUCUCCCAACUAAAAGCAUGACCUUCAAAGAAUGAUUUUAUUUAUUUUGGUGUAAAAAAAUAUAAACAUGUUACUCAAUAUCCAAGGUUCAGUUUUAAACAAUGAAGAAUUUAUUAUUAUUUCAAUUACAAUAUAAUAUUAAGAAAAAUACAUUUUCCUAUGCUCUAUUGUUAUGCAAUUUUUACGUCUGAAGAGGAACCUCCAGACAUAACCAUAUUAGGUAAUCUCCCAAUAAAGAAAAUGAAAGAAUUAAACAGUAGAAAUUUAAAAUAUGUGCAUUCAACAGUCUGUAUUUGUCUAUUUGUAAAACUGUUGUGCACAUCCCCUCUUGCCUCAAGUUGUAGGGCAUGGAAGAAUCAAUUACUUUCAUGAUCAAAGUUUAAGUCACACCCCAAAGCUUAAGAGAUGAAAGUUUUAAGGCACCUCAUAAUAAGUUUCUUGCAAAUUGCUUGGAUAUGAGGGAUGUUGAAUCCCUAUUGAUUUAUAUGGCUGCUGUAGAUCACAGUUUGGCUAUGAGAUUGAUAAAGUCAAUUUUUACAUCUAACAUUCUUCAAAUAUUGCCCAAUGCAUGGAUAGCUUAAUCCUCUUUGAUUCAAUGUCUGAAUUCAUAGACCAAUGGUCACUCCGUCUCAGUAGAUAAUAACACUUGUAAGUACCAAAUACUGCAAAUCUUCCUUAAGAAUUGCCAAACGCUUUGCCAUGGCAGAUGACUUUUAUCGUAAAUGACUCAAGAACAGAAGCCAUAGGUUAAGGUCAUAUUAUAAAAUUAACACCCAUCCUUGUCACUCAAUUUAAUAUUUCUAUCUAUAGUUGUAAAGGCUAAUUGAACAAUGAUCAUUUUAUCACAUAGGUCUAAAAUAUAAGCACUAACAUAUUUAGAGGGUAAGGACCAGUCAUUAAUUUAUCAUUCAAUAAAAGUUAAACAACUUAAGGGAUGAAAAGGACUUAAUAUUAUUUUGAAAAGUUAAAGACUGAAAACCUUGGAAUUGAUUAACUAAGACCAAAUUUCAGGCCCAAUCUUUGGAGAUACUUGGUGAUCUUCGAACAUUUCGUAGAAACAUGGGAUGUGAGAUGAUAAAUCGUAGACAAAAACUGCUGGAGGAAAAACAGUACUUCGUUCAGCAAAUCAUUGACUCUGUUCAACAGCAGCAAGAAUUAAAAACUGAGAUAAAUGACCUUGAGGGUGAACAAGACCGUGUGAUUUCUGAAGCAGACUCAAUGGUUACAGAGUUGGGAAAAACACCGCAACAAAACUCUACAUCAGCAGUUUUGGAUAGUAUUGAGAAGGAAAAUCUUUUAUUAAAGAAGAAGAACUUAGAACUCCAAGAACAACUCAUUAUAUUAGAAAAGUCAGUUCAUACAUUGACUGAGGAGAAGAAUAUAUACAGCAGUAAUGGAGCUGAUCUGGAACAAAUCCAACAGUUUGAGGCUAUCAAGUCUGACCUCCAGUCAGAGAAAGAGGCCCUAGAAAUGGUAUUGAUGGACUUGAGAAGCCAAUUAAAAGAGAAAGAAGAAGAUUUAGAAGAAGUUAAAGCUAAAUUAAUGAAGCAGGAAUCUGAUUAUCAGUUUCUAAAACAACAGAAGGAUAAGAUGGAAGAAUCAUUUAAUGAGACAAAGAUGGAAUUAUCAAAUACAGAGUUUAUCAUAUCUUCGUUGGAAAUGGAAAAGGAAAGUCUAGAGAAAACACUUAAUGAAUCUAACCUUGAAGGAGGUGAAGAUUCACAGAAACUUAAAGAUGAACUGUUAAACAAAUCUCAGCUUAUAGAGGAACUAGCUUCAGAAAAAACUGAUCUGGAAACCAGUUUAUUGGAACUGGAUGCCCAGCACGAGGAAGCCAUGAAUCAGGUUAUCAGUAUACGAAAUGACUUGUCCGGAAAAGUUGAAAGUUUGCAGACAAAAGUAAAGGAACUAUCAAAUAUCAGGGAUCAACUGAUGGAAGAAAAGAAAUGUCAGGAAAAAGAAUUACAUGACCUUACAGAGGUUAAAGAUCAGCUAUCUGGGCAAGUUCAAGGUCAGACUGCAGAGUUAGAAGACUUGAAUAAUGUCAAGGUGCAGCUGGAGGGACAAAUUCUCAGUCAGCAAGCUCAAAUACUUGAACUGAAGGAAACAAUGGAAAAACUGAAAGUUCAAAUAGAUAAUAAGGAAAAAGAAAAGAAUGAUAGACAGACUGAUGAAGAAGAGGGUCUCAAUAAACUGAAAAUAUCUAUUGAGGAGAAAGACCAAAAGAUUAAAGACUUAAGUUCCAGUUUACAUGCAUUGCAGGAAGAAAAUGCUGAGCGUAUAAAAUCUAUAGACGAUAAAAAUAAUGAAUUAAAAGUGGUAAUGUCUUCUGUUGAAGGGUUGACGAGAGAAAGAGAUGAACUUGCUCAAAGUUUAGAAGACAAGGAUAAAUUAGUCUUAUCUUUAGAGCAAAAGAUGAAGGAAAAGGAUGAAAAUAUAAGUAGUAUGGAAGAAAAAUAUAAUUUUGUUAACGAAAAACUUCAGCAGGGUUCGGAAGCUGAAACAAGUGAUUUCUUACAACGAAUUAGUGACUUACAAGACACUUUGACACAAAAAGAGGAACUGAUAAACAAUUUAAACUCCGAAAGUCAUAAUUUUACUGCCGAAAAAGAUAAACUUGAAAAAAUGGUUAAUAAAUUACAAGAGGAAAGGGAGACAACUGAUAAAAAAUUGACAGAAAUGAAAGAAAAAUUUAAUAAUGGUGCUAUGACUAUUAAUAAUUUACAUAUGGAUGUUAAGGACAUGAAAGAGAGGCUUUCUCAGGCCGAUAGUGAUAUAAAUGAUAAAAGUCAGAAAAUUAAACAAUUAAGGGAAGAAUAUGAAUCUUGUACACAAACAUUGUCAGAUUUAAGAAAUGAAAAUAAUGUGCUAAAACAAACUUUAGAAACUAGUAAGGAUGAUCUAGAAAAACUAAAAUUAUCUGAAGAUGUUGUUAAACUGAAAUCUGAUCUAGAAGAAAAAACUAAGGAAUUGCUAGCGUUAAUAGAAAAAAAUAAUAAACUAGAAAAAAUUGAGACUGAAUUUUUAGAAUUUAAGGAAGAGGCUGAGAAACAGAUAUCAGAACUGACUGAAAGUGUAUCUGGAAAGGACGAGGAAAUUAUUAACUUUAGAGAAGAUGUCGCCAUACUAAAAGUAGAAUUAGAAGAUAAAGUUGAAUUUCUAAUGACCGAAAAUCUAUCUUUGGAAAAUAAGGUUAAACAUUUAAAUGAAGCAAUCGAUGGGAAAGUUCAAUAUUAUGAAACUUUGAUUAAAGAUUUAAAGAGUGGUGGUGAAGUUAGUGUACCAGUAACUGAGGAAAUUAAAACUCUUACAAAACUAAACAAAGAAAAAGAUACUGUGAUUAAAAAUUUGACAGAUGAAUUAGAUCGGUUAAAAGCAUCUGUUAGUGAAUCAGAAACUUUAACAACAUGUGAUUCAUUUGAUUUUGUUGCUAAGGAACAAACAAUCUCUGAUUUGAGGGAAGAUAUUUUAUCUUUGUCAGCUGAAAAUGAACUCUGUCAGUCAAAAAUACAAGAACAGAUGGUUCAAAUUGAAGAACUUAAACAAAAUGAUGAAAAGUCAAAAUUAGAUAGCCUAAAUUUAUCAUCAGAACAUAACUCGGCAAAGGAAACAAUUUCUCGGUUACAAAAUGAGAUUGAAUUACUAAGAAGUACUAUUCAGGACCAAAAGGCAGGUAUAACAGAGUUGAAUGACAAGUGUCAAGAUCAGGUACAUUUAUUGAAAGAGAGAGAAAGUCAACUAAAUAAAGAAGAAGGUAUCUUAGUCCUAUUACGUCAAUCAUUGAUUGAAAAAGAUCAACAGAUUGAACUUCUUGAUAAACAAAUAAAAAAGGCCACGCUAUUGAUCCCCGAGGAAAGAAGGCGACUACUGGAAGCAGAUGAUGUUCGCGAUUUUUCUCUCUUGGCGCUGGAAUAUCCAGAGAAGAAAGCAAUAGAAGGUGUGGAGAAAGGGACUUUAGAACAGGGAGAGAAAGAAGAAGUUUGUGAGGAGAUGGUAAGAAAAUCAGCUUCUCAAGAAGAAACUGGAAGAAAUAUCGAAGAAAAUGGAAGAGAUUUUGAAGAAACUGAAUCACGAAAUGUCAUCGAAGAAAUGGAAAACUUACAAAGUUUGAUAAAACAAAAAGACGAUGUUAUUAACGAUCUGCAGAAUAACAAUGCUUCUUUACUGAAGAUGUUAGAAUCUAAAUCUGUCUCUUUAAGCGAUAAGACUGUUGUGGAUAUUCAUAGGUUGGAAAAUGAAGUCAGGAGUUUAAAGAUGGAAAGGGAACAAAUAAUGGCAGUGAUGAAUGAGAAAUCAAGAGAAGCAAGCUCUUUAAAAUCUGAGGUCCAUAGGUUAAUGAAUGUUGUGGCAGCUUCAAAAAGUGCAAUAGACAAACUUCAGAAAGACAUGAUACAGGGUCCAGAUGUGAAUGGGGAGAAAGACGAUAUGCAUAAGCAAGCUAUGCAGAAUCUGUCACGCUUGAUACGAGAUAAAGAUCUUGAAGUAGAAUCUUUGAAACAGAAAAAUGAAACAUUAUUGACUGUCUUACAGGAAUCUUCAUCAAGUGGAUCAGAACUCAGUACAUUAAUGCAAGAUAAAGAUAACUUAGCUAAGCAGCUCAAAGUUUUACAAGAUGAGCGAGAUCAGAUGGUUCUGUUCGUUAAUCAGAAACAUGAAGAAAGUUUGAAAUAUCACCAAGAAGUUCAAAGGUUGACCCAAUAUAUAAACACUGAAAUGGAAAAACAUAAUAAGAUACAACAAGAAUAUGCUAACUUGGCUCCACAGUUUGAGGAUAAACAACAAGCAUUGUUGAAGGCUCAGAAUGAACUUAUAAAUUAUAGACAAAAGUAUACGGAACUAGAAGUCAAAUAUGGAGAAAUGGUACAAAAAGUCAAUACUUCUGGAACUGUUGACGUCUCUUCUUAUAACACACAGACAGACGAACUCAAACGAACCCAGGAAAAAUUAAAAGAGUUAAAUGAAAGUUUACGUGAAACUGAACAGAAAGUAACAACACUUCAUCAACAGAAUGUGGAAUAUGAGGAGGUUAUAGUUAAACGGGAUGCAGAGCUUCACAGCAUGAGGAAACAGGUCGAUACUCUUACAUUCCAAUUACAAGGAGCUGAGGGAGAGCUGUCAGAUUUGAAACAGGAACACAGUAAAUCAGAGAAGGAAACAUCAGAUAAUAUAUCACACAUGCAAAUGUUAAAGGAAUCCAACAACAGACUGACGUUAGAGGUUCAAGAUAGAGAGUUUGAGAUUAAAAGUUUACAGGAGAAAAUGCAGACACUGACCUCUGUUGUCCAUGGUCAGAAAGAUGAGGAGGGACAACUCAAUAAGUUACUACAGGAGAACGAAUCAGUGAUGGCACAAGUUAAAGAACUACAACAUGAAAGACAUCAGACCAUCAUGGCAUUGAAACAGAGACAGAUUGAGACACAAGAAUUACAAAGAGAGUGUCAGAAGUUGAAAGAAAAGGAAGUAAAAUAUGCUAAAGAGUUGGAAAGACUUAGAGGACAUCUUCUUCAGAUGGAAGAAGCUUACACCAAAGAUGCCUUGGAGUCUGAGGAGAGAGAGAAAGAUUUACGUAAUCGUCUGGCUUCAGCUGAGGAGAAAGUCUUGUCUUCUUCAUCAGCUGUGCAGUCAGCAAGUCAGCAAGCUGUCCAUCAAGUAGAGAGUUUACAACAACAACUACAUACAGUAGCGUCUCAGCGUGAUCAGGCCUAUCUACAACUGUCUUCUCUACAGGACCAGUGUCAACAGUAUGCUGUUUCCCUGUCUAACUUACAACUGGUUCUAGAACAGUUUCAGAGAGAAAAAGAUACACAGGUUUCUGGUGAAGUAGAAAAAUAUCAAAGAGAGAAUGAAAAACUUAAAAAGACAGUCACAGAACUUAGUGCAGAAUUAAAACUAGUCAAGGAAAAAUUAUCAGAUGCAGAAGAUGGCUUAGAAGCAGCGGCCAGACUUCAUCAACAGUUAGAUAAAUGUGAUCAGAUUAUAGCAGCACUCAAAGAAGAAGUACAAAUCCGUGAAGCUACCUUAAAGAAUGCAGAGGUUGAAAUUAGUGAUCUGAGGAACAGUAAAGAUUCAAAGGUCGACAAGUUGGUAAUUAAAAGUAUGUUCCUUGGAUAUUUCACUGCCCCUAAAAAUAAACGGGAUGAUGUCCUUCAUACUAUUGGCAGUGUACUCAAUUUUACACCACAGGAAUUUGAAAAGAUUACUGGCGACACAGGUAAAGGUGGAUGGAUGUCUGGGCUCCUAAGAUUCGGAGGGACACCAGUAGCCACACCCCCUACCACACCCACAAGACGGCAUACAGUCACAGCAGCAGAUACACCAGAUAGGUCCUUUUCUGAAUUAUUUGUGAAAUUCUUGGAGACAGAAUCCUCACCCAAACAAACAAUGAGACUUCCUGCCGAGGAGAUGGCCGCAGACGUACAGCGACAUCACAAACCUGUGUUUAAUCCAUUCACAGCACCAAGACAUGUGAACAACGAAGGGAGACAACCUCAUGAUGAACGACAUUUACUUAUGCCUUCGUCUCCAUUAUCAUCUACACUACCCGUGUUCUCUCCUGCUAUGGACACGUCACGUCCAACACAACCAAAAACUUCUAGUGCUUAUUUAAAUGAUGUGUUAAAAUCUAGCUGAUAGUGGUUUAUAUUUUAUUGCAAUUUUAAUUUAUUAAGAAACAUAUGUUUUUAAAUAGUUGGUGGGCUGCAUGACUCAAGUUUAAUUAUUUAUUCCAGUAUUUCAUCUUGAUCAGAAAAUAAUGUUUUGUCAUGAUAUCAUGCCAUCUUGUCAGGUUAAAAUGCCAUGCAAUCAUGUGAUCAUUCUGUGUUGCCAUGUCAUCUUGUCAUGUGAUCAUGCCAUAUAUUUGCCAUUUAUCAUGGUGUAUCAUGGACUUGGGGAUGUGUAAAUGCAUGAUUUGAAUUAUUUGUCAUUGAUUUUGUUGAUCACAAUAUUUGUAAGGGUAUUAUAUUUUAUCAGUUUUAAAUAUCAACCCAGUCAUAUCAUGAAUGAGAUAUUUAUAAAUAUAUGAAUAUCAUCAGUCUGAAAUAGACUCUAUAUUUUACUGAAAAAUUAACUAUACAAUUGUCAAUUUCAUCACAGACCACCAAUGAAAUUAAGGCAUUUUAAAAAGACUGCCCUGUGAUGACUGCUAUCUGUUUGUUUGUUGACCUUCUAUUUUACUUGUACUUGGAGGUUUUACAAUGUGGUUAUUAAAAAUGCAUAAUCCCUACAGUGCUGUAUUUUAUUUUCUAAAUAUAAUGUGGCAUGGAUUUUUCUAGAUUGAAAAUAGUGCAAACAUGAUUUACUGCCAAACUCUGUGAUAGAAUUGGGGUGUAAAUUAAAUGUAAACACAUGGAUCUGAAAAUAUUAUAAAGGUUGUUAAAUGCAAAUUAUAGAUAUUUAAUUUGUUAUAUGGAAUUUUCAUAUUUUACAAACAUGAAAGUAAAAUUUUGUUUGAAGAGAAAGAUAUUUAUUUUAUUCCACUUACUAUUUAUUUUCUCUUAAACAAACAGAAAAAUGAAUUUUAGUAUAAAACACAUUUUUGAAUUUUCAAUCUCAAAUUCAUUAAUAUGUUGAAGGUUUGGAAAGAAUUAGAUUUCUAAAUUCUGUGAAAGAAUCCACAUUCAUUUCAAUCAUGUAUAAAAGAAAAAAAGUUUUGGUCUAUGACUGAUAUUAAAGACACAAAUUGUUCAUAUAGUUUGUUAUAAUAUAUAUAUUGUUAAUAACUGUACAUUAUCACAAUAAAUUAAUAAAAUAUUUUCACAUA